GGUGACCAUGUCGCUAUCCACUAUGGAUACCGCCUCGUUUGGCGGCCAAUCCUUCUCUCCAUACACCACCAACCAGUCUCUUCCUCUGCAACAGCCACCCUUUCCCAUCCAGGCUCAACCAGCGCCUAACUUUGCCCAUAAUGUCUCGCAGCAGCAGCAGUACCAGCAGCUGUCUGGCGGUAAGUUGUUGGAAAGACGACGCUGUGGUUGCGCAUGUGCUGACGUGCUCGGCUUCGAUCAGNCCUACGCGGCGCCCUAUUCGCAGUCAAUGUCACCCUCAGCCGUAAUGCCUAUGGCUGCUUCUCCUUCGAACCGUGUUCCACCGUAUGCUGCUUCUGCAGUCGCACAAGGCUCGCCUCAGCAAUCGCCCAUGGCUGCCCCGCAAUCACGACCAAUCCACUCUCCAUCUGCCGGCGCAUCCCAACUGAACAUGUCGCAAGAGAAGGAAAGGAUAUCGCUGCUACUGGAGAUCAAUCUUGAAUUGCUACAGGAAAUGCACAGGUUGCAGGCGCAGGGCAAGGGUGGCGCAACCAGCCCGCAGGCAGCAGCUCAUCUCAAGAAAGAGGGCCUGCCGGAUGCCCUUGCGUCCGAAGAAUACACCCAGCUACACUCAAACUUGGGUUAUAUCUGUAGUCAAACAGACAACCAGUCCAAGCCUGGAGCCAUGCCACACCCUCCAUCUUAUGUCACUGCACCUCCGAAUAUGCCCCGGCUGGAGCCAAAGUACGCAAAGAUGAGGACAUUGUUUCCUGGCUGGACAGGUAGGGAUGGUCAGCGACGGUCAAUGUCGAAUGGUGCAACAAAUGCGCCAACGCCUAUCCAGGGCUUUACCAAC